CACAUCUUUCUAGCUCAUUAUAUCAAUGGCCCAUCUUAGCCGUUCUUUGCUACUCAUCAUCCUUUUCGCUCUCUUGUUCAUCUCAUGCACGGCCGAACCGGCCUUUGCUCAACGUUCCCGAUCAAGGGCUUAUAUCGAAGCGUCGUGUCGUGCCACCCGUUAUCCGGCUCUCUGUGUCCAAUGCCUCUCUGGCUACGCCGACAACGCAACCAUACAAAGCCCGGAACAAUUGGCUCAAAUAGCCUUGUCCGUCAGCCUCUACCGUGCCUGGCACACAAGGGCAUACAUGUUGGAAGUGGAGAAGGCGCUCGAGGCAAGCAAGGCCAAGGAUUACCAAGCCGUGAAAGAUUGCUUGGCUCAAAUCAGUGACAGUGUAAACCAGCUUAGCCAGUCUAUUAGAGAGCUCCGUCGCCUUGGCCACGAGCCCGUGGGAGACAACUUCUUUUGGCAUAUUAGUAAUGUUUAUGCAUGGGUUAGCGCUGCCCUGAGCGAUGCUAGCUUUUGUUUCAAUGAGUUGCCAGGGCGGAACAUCGGAAAGUUGAAGGCGACGAUUAAGGGAAAGGUCUUAAAUGUUGCUCAGACCACUAGCAAUGCGCUGGCCUUGUUUCACCGAUAUGCUGCAAAGUAUAAAGCAGCCAGGGUCGCCAAGAAGCCCUAAGUAUUUCUGAGGAUGUGUACGUGCAUGCAUAUAUAUGCUAGGAAUAUAUAUAAUCUUGUGUUUAUGUUGGGUUUAAUGACUUUGUUAAUGUUGUAAUGUAGCU